GAACAAGUAAUAUUAGCACAUUAUGUUGAUAUAUUCAAAUCGAGAUUAAACAUCCGCAGUGUUACAAACUGCAUGGAUGAUUACUGAAACAUACCAUUACAAGAAUUACUGCCCAUACAUUUGGCUCACUCAUUCACGAGAAGUUUAGACUACAGAGACUCCCGAACUUCUCAGCCUACUGUCUUCAAAGCACACAUCUGAAUCUGUGCAUUGUCGGUGAGAUUUUGGGUUUUGAAAGUUGCGGCGGAUCGUCAAAGUUAGCGUUACCGGAAUGACUUAUCAAGAAAUAGCUAAAUAUGUGCUGCCAGGUUCCCCAGAUUGGUUCAUGUCAAACGUAUUGGCAACAACUUCGUGGGAAAACUUGGACGAUGGAAGAAAUGCCUUAGUAGCUUUUUCUUCUCGGCCGUAUGUACAUAUAUUCUGUAUUAAAAAUGACGUUCACUCCGGUGAUAAACAUAAAUACUCCUGGUCUUAUGUUGGCCAACUCCAACCCCACCACGAGAAGACGUCAGCCAUCACAUUUGACGUCUGUCUAUCUCUAAGCUUGGUUUCAUGUGGUCUUGAUGGUUUGGUUCGUCGCUGGAAAUAUUCACGCCCAGAUUGGGUGCUUGAAAGUGAGUUCAACGUGUAUGGCGUACGAGAAAACGUUAAUCCGACUGCGUUGAGUUCCUUUUCUCACCCUUCAAACCAGUCGUAUAACUUUGUGGGCACAGACAAGGGGUUACUUAUCGUUUGGAUCGUUGACGGUGAAAAAAAUAAGACACAUUAUUUGUCCAAAAAAUAUGAAAACGACUCCGUACUGGUCUGUGCAUUGGAGAAAUCAGGACUUGAUUAUUCAAUUUUUAGGGUUGCUGUAGGAUACAAGAAAGGGCUGGUUGGCGUUUAUAUGUUCAAACCAUCCGAUAUUUCAUCAGCUUCGAAUGUCAUACAAAUAGCAAGAUUCUACGCGCACGAGAGAGAUGUCUGUCAUGUAGUCUGGAGACCAUGUGUUUCGGACUAUUUUAACAACCCAACAGAGCUUCUUACAUGUGGACGUGAUCAAAUGGUUAAGGUAUGGAAUGUAUCUACCUCCGAAUGCUGUUUUUGUACCAAGGUUCCUGGUCAUUCACGUUAUCAUGCAAAUGAUUCUGGAAAACGUUCAAAUCAAAAAAACAAUGUUAGCGGAGCCCCAUGGAUAUCUGCUUGUUACACCAUAGGGGCGAAUUUGAUGGUGAAUAUCUUAUUUUCGGGAUUACGGGGUGAAUUAUUCCGUUGGAACUGCUCAGACACACCUACUAACAUAACACCUGAAAACCAGGGACAUUCUAUGCUGAUUUUCUCAAUGUUGUUUGUUCCUAAUUCUCCUGGGCUAGUGAUCACAGUCAGCCAAGAUAGAGUUCUGAUUGUGUGGGAGUUAGUUGAAGAAUCCCUCCCGUUAGUUGUUUUACGACUACCAACACUUUCUGCAGGGGUGUUUUCUCUAGCUCAGUCAUCGUUUAGUAAUAGUCCUUUAGUCGCAGGGCUUUCAGAUGGCUCGAUUUUGUUUUGGAAAGUUUAUUCAUCGAAUAUGUAUGAUGGAAACAAUUCCUUUGAUAAUCAAAGUAAGGACAAAUCUAUUUCAAUAUCACCUCGAGGAUCGCAGUCAUCGCCUAUAACUGCUCUUGCUUGGCAUCCUUUACCGCAGUACGAAAACAUCCUUGCCUAUGGGACCGAGUCCGGUUGUGUGGAGAUUGUCGAUAUUAACAAGCUACAGAAAAUGCAGAAUCAAAAGCCGAAACCACAGUUGUACGCGUUUGGUUCGACCGUCUACCGAGUUGCUUGGGGGCCUGUGGUAUUUACGGGUUCACAUCACAAAAAUGAACAGAUAGAAACUAAAAGUCAUUCGGAACCUGAUAAUUCUGCAGUCUUAUCAAAUACAACUGUGGAGGAAAAUGUAAAAUGCAAUACAGAGUCCGGGGUUAAAUUUCCUUUCUAUGUUUAUAGUGUAAGUAAAGGAAAAAUCCACUGUCAUUUUGGAGGCGGUCGCCCUCCAGUUGAAGUUAGCAUGAAGUUUCCUUCUCCUCCAAAUACCACUGAGGAAGAUUGGAAAACCCUGAUUCGUAGUGAUAUAGCAUUCCGCCCUGUUAGUAAAACCAAACAGUUAUCAGGCGAUCCAGUUCCUGAUACCUUCGAUUACUUGAUAGGUGUGGGCUAUCGUUCAGGUCAAGUUGAUGUUUAUGGUUUAUCAAAUUCGAAACUGUCGAAUAACCUGUUCUUUAUUUGUCGUAUUGUGAGUCAUUCUAAGUGUGUCAAUUGUUUAGCUUGGUCAUGGGACUAUUACUGGCUCGCUAUUGCGUCAAACGAAUCUUUUAUAACUGUUACUGACCUCAAGAUACAACUAUUUAAUGCUCUCAACCAAGAACAACAUCUCAAACCUGUUCAGCUGUCUACUUGUUUGGCACGAUUAGAAGGUCAUUUCAACAGAAUCACCUGUUUAGACUGGUCCCCACAUGAUCCUUUCCUCUUACUGUCUUCUUCUUUCGAUGGUACAGCUAAUGUUUGGCGAGUUCAUGCUAAUAAUAUUGAAAACGAUACUCUAUCAAUAUCUAAUUUUCGCGCACACAGAUUACGUCUUUUUACAUGUUUAUGGAGUCGUCAAGAACCUGAUCUUGCCUUUAGCGGUGGAGAGUUAUGUCUUCUAUUCGGUUGGCGACCCUCUGAACAAAUCCAUAGCCAACCACCCCAUAGUCGCCGACAUCGACCACCAACUAUCAAAAGACUUGUAAAUAAUGAUCAGGAAGAACUAUGUAAUGGUGGUAUUUUGGGCGAAUCUCUUCAGUUGGAAGCAAAUUCUUUUAUUAAUUCCGAAGCUCUGAAAGAAAAAUCAAAUAAAGAAAUAAUGUUAAAUAAUGAUGAUAAAGUUAUCAGGGCUUCUCACAAGGAAAAAUUCGUUCUAUCUCAGAAUUCCUCUAGGAAAAUCAAUUCUACUGGGACGGCAGAAAAAAGAAAACGACCUGCUCUUUUUCCUAACCUAUUUCAGUUCAGUAUCAAUAAACAAUGUGAGCUUAACUUGUAUCAUUCUCCGCCUUUUAAUAUGGGAACGUUUCUUUCACACAUUUUAAGUGUCUCUGACUUCAUAACUGAAAAAGUGGAUGACGAGAGACUGCCAACUGAUUUGUUGAUUCUCUUACCAGAAGUUAGCGUAACCAGAACAUUUCUUUUAAAGUAUUUAAAAAUGGAAGCAUCUCAUCAUUUAAAGUUAUUUCAUCUCGGUCAACGACCAAACAGUUUAGUUCAUUUAGAUGCCUAUUGCAUCAUAUUUUUAUGGAUAGGUUGUAUAUCUAGUAUCCCACCUGUUAUGUCAACAGAAGGUCACAUGCCUUUUUGGCUAUUAUAUGCAAUUCAACUAGCUCAAUCAACUCUUGCAUAUCCUGGAAGUUACAAUAAGUUAACCGUAUCAAAAGAAAAUCCUGUCGUGGACAUUGACUUGCUUGGUGAAAAGGUGAGUUAACGUGUUAACAUUUAAAUUAAUUUUUCCGAUUCCAAAAGCAAUACAAUUUCCGCACACACUUAAAAUGCUUUCUUUGAAACAGUACUUUAAAAUAGUGGCGUAACGAUUUCAGUAGCCAGUCACACGUUUACGAGACUUGAAAUGUCAUUUAAUGAAAAGGGUUAGUACUUCUUUAUUUAUGCAAUGGUUAGCACGAGUUUGGAUGCCUAAAUUUUUAAGUCAUGCCAUCAAGUCACCCUAAAGCAAAACUUUGUGAAAGUUUUAUAUCUGUACGGAUCGGAUUAAGAAUAUUGACCGUUUACUAUGUAUAUUGGUCCAUUCCGCUCCGAUAUUAAGAUCGUGUCUGAAGUUACAUAGUGUAACAGCACUUUCAAGCAAGAAUGUAUUACGAAAGAAAACUUAACAACUUAACAGUUGUAUGGAUUAAAUAUUUAAGUAUCACAAUUUAUCAUUUUUGUCUUACGAGUCACAAUUCCUUAUGAUUCACACUCGGCUAGAAUUAGUGACUGUCUGUAAUUCAUUUGGAUAUUAAAUUUUAUCUAAAAUCUAGUUCAGAAAAGAGGAUUUUAUGGAAAUCUAAUAUUUUCACAUACCACCAAAAUGUCUUAUCUCUUAUGCGAACAUUGUGCAUUCUGUUUUCUCCCCCUGCCAGUCAAACACAUUAGUACAGUCCCAGUUCCUUCUGUCUAUUUUUUAAAUUGAUUUUUCGUAUUCUUAUUAGUUUUCCGUAUGAGGUUCGAUCUCGUCUCUUACACAACAGAAGCUGUAGGAAUUCGAGCUAAAAAUCCAAGUCUUCGCAUUCAUAAAUAUGUAACAUUUUUAACUCUUCCUUGACCGAAUUGGCCUUAAUAAAAGAUUUUGUUUAUUAUUAUUUCCUAUACUCUUUGUUCGUUUAUUUUCCAUCGCCCUUUUUUCAAGUGUACGGUUCAUUGUCCAACUAUAUGAACACUUCUUACUAUGUAAUCUUAUAGUUUUUAUGAUUAUUGUUUCAGCAUUUAUAUUAUUCAAGUCAUUAACCUAUUUCCCAUUACGGAACAUGGAUUCUGUUAUGUCCCGACAAGAAUAAUGAAUGGUAAUUUUUGUAUCCAUUUGUGGACAAAUACUUUACGUAAAUUUUUAUCGUAUAAUUGCUAGUUAACUAAACUAUUCAUACUCAUGUCUCUCUUAUUAUAAGCUUUAUUUUAACUCAUGAACUGUUAUUAUACGAUUUUCCAUUCUUGAAUUAUUCCGUCUGUUAAUCACUGCCUCUCUCAUUCACAGCCACUUUUGGCCAAAUCUUGUAUAAAUGUUGUUUUCUAUUUUAUGGUACGUUGUGGUCUGUUUGAUUGGUAUAUAAACUCAGUAUGUUUGGAAUAUUGAUUCAUAUCGCAGGGGCUCGGAUUGGUGUUCUGGACUCAACUGGCUGGGCUAGGCAGGAAGCAGGACCAAUCAAGAAUCUAGGCUGCUCAUACGGGUUUACGCGUCAUUGAUCCUGUCGAUAAGUCACUGCCAUCUAAUCGGCGGUCACAGUUUCAAGCCUUGUUAUUCUUGUCACAAUUAGUACACCUGUCAACACAUUAUCAAUUAGUACUUUUUAAUUAUUAUGUUUAUUCAUGUAAUACAUUCUACUGUUGUCACGGGCUCAUAAACUGCCUUGAUUGGUUUACUAAUUCAGUAUACGCAUAUAAAUAUUACUGCAUAUUCGAGUAAAACCUGGUAAGGAUCUUAUUGAAGACAAUAUUACUUGUUUAUAUAUGUUGUUAUACUUCACAAUAUGGAAAUGUUUUAUAAUUUUCGAUAUAUUCUUAUACGAUGUUUAGUGGUUUUGCUAAACUAUUUCAGAUUUUGUAAUAUUUCUACUGGAUGUAAUGGUUUUAAACAUGUGUCAAUAAUUGAUUGCAAUAAGUAGAAUUUAGCGUGCUCUUUUCCUUUUAUUUCAAUAUUAUAGACUUACAUUAGCAUGUAAUAUAAAGGAACAGGUAAUAGGGUUUUAUUCUUUGUCUAUUUCAUGUAGAGUAUUAUUCCAAAGAGAGGUUUCGUUGAUCAUGGGAAAAAAGAAAUUGAAACAUAUAUUCGUGCUCGUAUUAAGUAACUGCAGACAAUAUAUUUCAUUCAGAAUGUUUUCGUGUUGAAAAUUGCACACCGCAUUUAGUCCAACUUGUGAAAUUCCUUUAUUAGUUGACCAAAUAAAAUUGUACAUUGGAUAAGUACACAUGAAAAGCUAAACUUAAUAUCGCUGAACGACUGUCGUGUAUAUGAAGAGUGACAAUACGUACAACCAAUGUAAUUUAGCAGUCAUCUAGAAGUUUGUGUCCCAGAUAUGUUCCUAUUGUUUAAAUGUUAUUUAUACUAACUAAUCCUCCAAUUCUUUAUUAGUGAUUGUGGGUCGGAACUUGCGAAACUAAGUGGUUGAAAAUCCUGAGUGACAAAAUUACAUUGAUAUACUUCUAUGGAUUACUGUUAUUUGGUAAUUACCUCAUCCUGACCAGGUAUUUUCGGAAGUGAGAUUUGGGUUAUUUAGGCACUAACGAUUUAUCUCGUUUUUUCUGGGCCGUUGUAUUUAGUAUGAAGAUUAAGCUAGUUUAAUAGAUAAAAUCGUUCAAAUCACUUACAUUAUUUGGCUGCUUACUUGAACCUACUGGUGUUUCCAAAAGUUGAGUUAUUGUUCACAUAUAUCACGAUUUUGAUUUUAAAAAAUCAAACCUUGUCAAAGUGAAAAACUACUAACUUGUGUAAAAUGUUAACCUAGAUUUGUGAUUUACGAAGUUUACUCUGACAACUUUGCUGUGACAAAUUAGAACUAGGAUGAGUGAACCUGAACUAAAUUUGUUGAAUUUAUCAAUCAAAUCAAGGUUUUUGAUUAAAAUAGCAUAUGCUUGGUGAAAAGAACGAAGUCAAUACAGUUUGCUUAGUGUAUGGUGAGUCAGUGAGUUAACAUUAUUGUUGAUAUCACAAUCCUUCUCACUAAAAAUCAUGUCACUUUUUUUCAAUAGAUAAUGGGUACUACAGUACACACCUCUAAUGUAUCCUAAAUUAAUAUGUAUAAUCUUUUUUCUCUUUUAUUUGUUGUAAUAGGUUACUUGUUGUUGUUUCUUCAUGUCUUUUUCAAAUCAAUAGAUUAGGGAUAUGCAAACUGCUAGUCCUGAUAUUCUUGUGUCUGUUACACUUCUGGUAUGCGCACAUCGUGUCCAAGAAGCGGUUGAAUUAUUGUUAAGUUAUGACAGAGUUAAAGAAGCUUUAGUUCUUGCUCGUUUACGUUUGAAUCCGUCCGAAUCUUGGAAAUAUGCAGAGAAAUGUAUUACACGACUUAUUGAGCGUUCUUGUUCAAAUGAAAAGUCGUUCUUUUUUAUUAUAUACAAUAUUGGAAAGAAGGAAUGGCUGAAUGCCACUAAUAUGGUUCACCGUGAAGUUGAAGUUUCCAACUUGCGACCUGGUAAAGAAAUUGAACAACUUUCGUGGUGUUGGAUUGGUAUUAGUCUUUUACUUAAUACAUCAUCCUUGGAUUAUUUGUCAAGCGAAUGUCUUCGUUUAGCUUCAAUGUGUUUAACGGUUGGUUUUAAGCUAUUUCCUACGGAAGCAAUAUUCCUUGAACGUUGGCUUGAUGCUUUUUCACGUCUUUUGUCGUCUGAGACAACAUCUUGCUCCGGUUUGAUUGGCAGUUUAUUAUUGUUAGAUAUUGGCCAAAUGACUUCUUUUCUUAUGGCUAAUUAUCAUCAAGAGGAAUCUGACAUAUCAACAAUACCAUACGAAAAUCAUAGUGAUAACUGGAUGAAAUACAUAAAUCCCGAUUGUAUAACAUAUUUGGACCGGUUAGUUUCAGAUCGUCAACCGUCUUCAUUAUGGGAAGUUUGUUUAACAAAUUUCUGUGUAGACUUUCUUUUGUUCUAUUUAGUGCAUAAUCAUAUUCCUCCAACUAAAUUACCAUCGGAUAAUUCACUGACAAUUUAUAUUGAUCGAUAUGAGUCUAGUCGGAAAUCAUGCGAGUAUAUCAAACCAAAAGAAACAACUUAUUUAAUCAGUCAUUUAUUUUCAACUUAUCAACAGGUUUUGGUGAAAAAUUACUCCACUUCGGAUAACAAGUUAUGUUUUUCUCCUUCAGAUAGUGUGUAAAAAAUACGGUGAUUAUAUAUGUGCCCCUUGAAUAUUUUGUAUACUUAUCUUUAUAAGCUUCUGUAUAUCGGGAAUUUGUAAGAUAUGCAUUAUGUACAGGAUAAAUAGCAGAAUAAAUAUAGUUUCUAUUUGA